AUGACGGAGCCACAAAUGAUGAACAACAACAACAACACCAACAGUAAUAUUCCGGUGAGCGAAGUGUAUUGGUCUCUCGUUGAUAAAGCUGAUAAAAAAUUCUCCAAAAUCAGAGACUUGCCUUAUUAUGAACGCAACAGGUAUGAUACGUAUUUUUACAAGGUAUUCAAGGUAUACACGCAAUUGUGGAAAUUUCAACAGGAAAAUCGGCAGAAACUGGUAGAAGCAGGGUUAAAAAGAUGGGAGAUAGGGGAGAUUGCGUCGCGGAUUGCUCAGCUUUAUUACGGGCAAUAUAUGAGGACGAGUGAUGCCAGUUAUCUGUCCGAAUCCUAUGUAUUUUAUGAAGCAAUUUUGAGUAGGGAGUAUUUCAAAGAUGGAUUGUUUCAGGAUCUUAAUCUGGCCAAUAAACAAUUGAGGUUUUUGGCUCGAUUUCUUAUGGUUUGUUUGGUUUUUAACCGCCGUGAAAUGGUUCAUCAGUUGGUUAAUCAACUCAAAAUCUUGGUUGAUGAAUGUAGGAAGACAUUCCAGGAAACUGAUUUUAAAGAAUGGAAGCUGGUGGUUCAGGAAAUAAUUAGAUUUUUGAAAGCUGACACCGCUUUUAUGAAUAUCAGGCCUUUAAGAUAUAGUCUUGUACUGGAUCUUCAUCCAGAUUCACUACCACGUGUUGCAACUAGAAGAAGCUUAAAAUUACGAGAUGCAAUAUUGAGUAGCUACCAUCACAAUGAGGUCAAGUUUUCGGAGCUCACGCUAGACACAUUCAGGAUGCUUCAGUGCCUGGAGUGGGAACCAAGUGGUUCAUUUUAUCAGUCCAGCAGUACUAAAAUCGGUCAGAAUGGGGGUUCAGGGUCUAGUCGCAUUAACUAUGCACAGGAUAUAGCUGAUCCUACAUUGCCACUAAAUGCAAGGAAAGCUGUCCUGUAUCGACCAUCUGUAACACAUUUUUUAGCAGUUCUGGGUACAAUUUGUGAGGAGCUAGCCACUGAUGGAGUUAUCUUGAUAUAUUUGUCAGCUUCAGGAAGAGUUGGACACACUAUUUCACCUCCCUCAGGUGCUGGAACUUCUAUCAACACUACCGAGAACACAGCGAGAAACUUUCAUGCCAUGUACUUGGAUGCAGUCUCCUCUUCUCCUUUUAGCUCACCAAGUAAUAGUCCAAAUCAUUCUUCAAGGCGAAGUAAGUCGGACUGCUUGCAUUUCGGUACACGUGGAAAUGGAGGAUUGAACAGCAUUUAUCCUACUGACUUAAUCCCAUUUACAAGAAGGCCACUUUUUAUAGUGGUUGACAGUGAUAGCAGCGAAGCAUUCAAGGCAACAAGUUCUGACCUGGCUAUGAGUGGAGCUGAAAAAGGAGAGCCAGCUGCAAUCCUCUUAUCACCAAGCUGUUCAAUUCCCCUUGCUACUGCUGAUUCUUCUCGUCAUCAUAGUGGUAGUCUACUCACCAUGUUUCUCACAACUCCUUUGCAGGCUUUUUGUCUGUUAAUUGGUUUGUCAGGACCUGAUGUUGAAAUUGAUACAUAUAACAUGGCUGAGAAGCUGCUUUCUUCAUCAUUGAAUGCCUGGGGAUUGACUUUGGCAACAUCAGACAUUCUUGAUCCUGUUUGGGCUCAGAUUUUAGGUGAUCCAUUUCUUAGGCGUCUUGUUUUGAGAUUCAUAUUUUGCCGGGCAGUGUUGACACUAUUUGCACCAUCCUUUGGGAAGAAGGAAUUCCAUCCUGAGUGUCUGCCAUCUCUUCCGGCACCUCUCCAGCCUAAUGCCACAGGAUGUCAUACUUUGGUUUUGCAGAUGGCCAACAUCUUUGGUGCAACUAAGAAAUUCAUUUUCUCAGAAGGCGUUGUACUUCCUGAAUGUACACAGAGUGAUUUGGAGAUGGCUUCGUCCUCGUAA